UCCUUCUGUAGCCACAAUUUCUCAGUAUGAUAUGCCAUAUCCUUCGACAUAGCUAAAAUUUCGUCACUCUCAGCAAGACAGAGCAGUGGCCACUAGACGCUAUGCUGCCUCUGCCUCGUCUCGAUGUCAACGACAUUAAGGAGAAGCUCUCGUCCCACUUCAGACCUUGGCAUCGCUCCUAUCAGUUCUGGGUUCGGGCCAUUGAUAUUUACACUGGUUAUAAGGUGUUCCAACUUACGGUGAGCUUUGAGAAGGAUGCGCAGAAGCAGGAAGCAUUGUGGGAAAAACAGCAUGAGCUUGCUGCUGAUAAGAUAUACUGUAUGUGCGCCGACCUUGGAGGUUUCUUUCUCAAGGUCGCCCAAAUUAUAGGGAAGCCUGACUUGGCCCCAGCGGCAUGGGUGAGAAGACUUGUUACCCUAUGUGAUCAGGCUCCUGCAACCCCAUUUCACACUGUUAAACUAGUGCUGGAGAACGAACUGGGUCGGAAUAUUGAUGAUGUGUUUGAAAUGUUGAUGUGGAACCCUGGAUCUGCUUCAAUUGCUCAGGUACAUAGAGCACAACUGAAAGGUGAUAAGGAUGAUGUUGUUGUCAAGGUUCAACAUCCUGGAGUUCAGGAUCUAAUGAUGACUGAUAUCCAUAAUUUGCAAGCUUUUGCUUUAUAUAUGCAAAAGACCGAUAUCAAAUUUGACCUAUAUUCGGUGACAAAGGAAAUGGAAAAACAGAUCGGAUAUGAAUUUGAUUUCGUGAGGGAGGCAAGUGCUAUGGAAAGGAUUCGGAAGUUCCUGUAUGAAAACAACAAAAGGACUCCUGUUCUGGUGCCACGAGUAGUACAAAACUUGGUUACUAGGAGAGUCCUAGUCAUGGAAUAUAUUGACGGGAUUCCAAUUAUGAAUCUUGGUGAUGAAAUAGCAAAAAGAGGCAUUAAUCCUUGUGGUAAGCUAGCAGCAGCAGCAAAGCAGAAAAUUCUUGAAAGCUUGACUCUAGCAUAUGGUCAAAUGAUUUUGAAGAGUGGAUUCUUUCAUGCAGAUCCUCACCCAGGAAACAUCCUGAUUUGUAAAGGCUCAGAGGUUGCCUUGCUAGACUAUGGACAGGUGAAGGAUCUCCCAGAAAAGUUGAAGCUUGGUUAUGCUAAUCUUGUUCUUGCAAUGGCUGAUGGUGACGCUAUAAGAGCAUCAGAAAGCUUUAGGGAGCUUGGUAUAGACACCUUGAGCAAAUGUGAGAAUGAGCUACAGGAGAUGUUCAAGCUGGCACAGACCAUGUUUGAUACAAAACUUCCUCCUGGGGUGGCGAUGCUGCAACCUUUCUCAGAGGACUCUUCAAUAAAAAAAAUUGCUGUUCAGGCUUUUCCCGAAGAACUCUUUUCUGUACUUAGGACAGUGCAUCUACUGAGGGGACUUAGCGUUGGUCUCGGAAUCAAUUAUUCAUGUGCAGAACAAUGGAGACCCAUUGCUGAGGAAGUUUUGUAUCAAGCUGGCAGACUUAAAGGUAAGGAUGUCAAGCCCAAAAGACGCGGACGAGGUUUUGUAAAAAGAUUAUUUAGGAGAGACUAAUGACUUCUGACAUGACAAGGGGGAGGCAUCAAUCUGCCUGUUCUGGUUUGUUGAGAAACUUGCCUAUUCUUUGUUUAUAUUUGCGUGCGAAUUCGUUUAUCUCUUGUAUAUGGUAUAUGAAUUUGACAUUGAUGGCCACUAAAAGAAAACGUAGGGCCUCUUGAGAGCUUGAUGGUGCCGUUGGUGCUGUAUUCCAAAUUCAUCUUUGAAUAGAUGCAAUGUCAAAGACAUUUUUGUUUAA